AUGCUUCAACUGCUUCUUCUCUUGAAUAUAUUCAUCAUCGCCGAAUCGGCCGGACUCCCAGAUUUUUACGAUAUACCAGUCGUUCGGUCGGCGAAGUAUUACGGAAACACAACAGAUGUUUUUGACGAAUCGACUGGAUUCACCUAUCAACCACAUUCACCCCUGGUUCUCUGUUCACUUUUGCCUUAUCAUUCUAUUUGGUGUGAACCUCCCGUGGACGCCAGUCAAAAUCAGUCUUCCGUUUUGGAUGGCUGCACCGAAUGGGGUGGACGGGAGUAUGAAAGUGUUCAAUUGACCAAUAUUGUUUGUCACGCACUGGAUAAUCUUGAAUGUUUUGGAAAUCGGACAUUCAUCCUCUCCGGUUAUCCCUGCCUUUUAUAUCGUGGUCAUUUUUUUGUCACUACCUUCGUAUAUAGUGUACUUCUGGGUUUUCUCGGUGUUGACAGACUCUGUUUGGGGCAUGUUGGCUCUGGUGUCGGAAAACUGUUCACGUUGGGCGGACUUGGGGUGUGGUGGCUUGUAGACGUUGUUCUUCUCAUUAGCGGCAACUUACUCCCAGCUGAUGGAAGCUCGUGGAUGCCAUUUUAUUAA